CCGAGAGUGGCUGGAGAUUGGGGGAUUUGUAGGAAAAUGGGGAAACGGGACCCUUAAAGUGAUUUUGGGAGCGGCCAGAGAUGGGAGGGGAAAAAAUGUGGAAGGGGAAAUGGGGGAAGGAUGGCACAGAGGAAGCGGCAGCGCGGGCAGGAUGGCGGCCGUGGGGCACAGGGAGUGCGCAGUGGGGAUCCGGGUUGGCCCCCGGUGCUCUGGGGGUGCUGGGGGGGCACCCCGGAGCUGUGUCCUGCACUCACAAGGGUGUUCCAGAGGAUGAGAUUGAAGAGUGUCACUUGUUGAACGGCACGGAGAAGGUGAGGUUCGUGGAGAGGUUCAUCUACAACCGGGAGCAGUUCCUGAUAUUGGACAGCGACGUCGGGGUGUACGUGGGGUUCAUCGCCUAUGGGGAGAUGAAUGCCAAGCGCUCUAACAGGCACCCGGUUCACAUGGAGUACUACCGGGCUUUGGUGGACACGCAGUGCUGGCGAAACUACGAGCUUUAUGCCCCGUUCACAACGGUGGCGCGCCGAGGGGAGCGCGGGGCAGAGCGCGUCCCCUCGGGCCCUGCCCUGCCAAUGACACUGGAGCUCCUGAAAUUCCCAGGACUGGACUACCAGCUCCUGGAGCUGCUGGAAACCCCCACCCCCAGGGCAGGCUCACCUACACCAGCCAGGUGGAGCACGUCAGCCUGGAGCACCCCCUGA